AUGUCAUCUACAGGUGCUGAUUUCGAACCUGUUAAAGAAGUUAUUUCUGAAAAUACAAAUAUGUCUGACAUAACUGACAUAACAGAGGUUAAGCAAGCUGUUGACAGCAUGACCUCGAAAGCUUGCGAUGUUGACUUUUCAGAAAUGACAAUUCAUCAAGCAUCUCGACAAGGAAUUCUGCAUAUUGUAAAAACUAUGAUCGAAAAUGGUUACGCUAAAGCUACGGAUAGAGACACUGAUAACGUGACUCCGUUACAUUUUGCCGUCAUCAAUAAUCAUGUAACUGUUGCAAAAUAUUUGAUUGAUAAUGGUGCUGAAAUAGAUGCUUACGGUGGCGAUUUGAUCGCUACUCCGUUGCAUUGGGCAUCAAGGAAUGGUCAUCUGCCUUCUGUAACUCUUUUAAUCAAUCAUAGUGCUAAUCCAUGUCUCCGGGAUUCUCAAGGUUUUGAUUGUUUACACCUCGCCGUACAUUCUUCUAAUCCUAUGUUAGUGUUAUACUUUAUAUGUCUGGAUAUGGCCAUUGAUACUCAAGACUCUUCACAGCACACUCCUUUGAUGUGGGCCGCUUAUCAAUGUGAUUCAUUAAUUGUAGAUAUACUUAUUCGAUUUGGUGCUUCUCUAACCAAAGUUAAUAAUACGCAGCUUACGCCCCUACAUUUUGCUGCAAUGAAAUCUGAUAAAAUGUGUUUGAGAAAAUUAAUGGAGGCUGGUGCAAGUAUUAAUGCAAAGGAUGAGAAUGGGAAAACGCCCUUGGAUAUUGUUAAAGAAGUGAAGGCUAUUGAUAAAUGGAACAAAGCAAUAAAUGAAACUGGUCUUAAAAAUGAUGGGAAAAGGAAUCCUUACUUAUUUGAAAAGAAAAUUACCCUCAUUAUAUUAUAUCUGAUUCCGUUUGUUUUACUUUUUAUUGCCCUUCAAACCUUGGCUCAUUAUCCUUGGUUUAUUGGAUUACCUCUGGUUAUUUUGGAAUAUAUAAUAUGCCACCUAAUAGUUACAAAAGUUAUUAUAAGAGCACAGUUAACUAUUGCAUUUAUGAGAACUCCUUAUUUAACGAGUAUAUUUCAAGCAAGUGCUUUUUGGGUUGGCGCUACAUGGAUUUAUAAACUUUUCUUUGACUUUGAAAUAUUCGCUCCUCCAUAUGAACCUAUUGCAUCUCAACCGUGUUUGUUGAGUGACUCCUUCUGUGGAUACUUUCAAUAUGAUGGAUGGACUGCUGCCUUAUGUGUCUGGAGUGCUUUACAACUUCCUUGGUUGAUAACAUUAUUAUGUUUUCAAACUUAUCAAAUUUCUUCGGCAAAAACUACAAAUGAAGUUAUGAAUUUACAUCGUUAUUCAUAUUUUACAAACAAAUCUCCUAAUGCAACAAAUAAUGCAACAAAUAAUGGUUGUGCUAAUAUGAAUAAUAUUGUCAAAAAACCAGAUACCGCUCAUCAACAGGAAUGCGGUGAAAAAUGUAAAUGUAAUCGUAAACAUGGACAUUUUUCAAGAAUUUGUAGAGUAUUUGAAGGUCAUGAUAAUAUUGUAAACCCAUUUGAUUUUGGUUGUUGGAAUAAUUGUUUAAGUUUUUGGUCAGAAGGAAAUUUUGGAAAAUUACAAAAUGUUGAUUGGUUUGAGAUUUUUGAUACGUUUUUUAUUGAAUCACGUGGUGAUUUGAAAUCAAAUGGUUAUACUGCUUUAAAAAGAGAUGAAGAAAUCGUUUAA